GUGGUCGUCCAUUAAGUUUUAUGGCCGAACCUUGGCUGAAAAGCUGCGGAAAGUAAUAAGACACAAAUGUUGUCCAAGAGAGCUGUUAAUAUUUUAGAUAUUGUUUUAGAUAAUAACCGCCACCAGAGAAGACCUAUACGAAAGAAAAGACAAAUCAUCAGUUACUGUAAAACUAGUUGUUUUUUCGCUAUACCAAGGCCGGUGUGACGCUGAUCAAACAAAUUUUUAGAAAUUAUUCAAGAUGGAAAGUGCCAGGUCGCGGAAAGCCAAAAGUGCUAAGAGACAGCGUGUCGUUAAGAAAGGGAAAAAGGCAGAAUCUGGAGCUAAUUUUGACGAUGGCAAUGAUAGUGAUAGUGGAUCCAUUGCAAGUUCAGUAAGCACAGCUUUUAGUGAAGAUUUGGAUGCCGAUUUCCAAGGAGAUGUUGAUGAAGUUGGUGAUGAUAUUGAGCAAAUCUUGAUAGAUAAUAUAGAAGGAGCAUCUGCAAAAAGUGCAAAAGAAAGGCAGUCUUCAAUUAAAGAGGUAAAAAGAUGUCUGUGUCGGAAAUAUACUCCUGAAUUUAUUGAUGGCAGGAAAGAUACGUUGCUCGAUGUUGUUGAAAGGUUGCUCAAAAGAGGUCAAACUGCUGACAAAGCGGCAGUUGCCAAUCUUGGAAGUCUUCUGUGUUUGCAGCUCGGGGCCGCUAAUUCCUUGAACGUUUACAGGACGCUGAAGCCACUGCUGGUAACAGUUAUUAAUGACACUGCGCAGUCAUUUUCUGCAAGAUCAAGCUGUGCAUUGGCUCUGGGAAUGUGCUGCUUCAUUGGUUCAGAAGAGUUAGGGGAAGUGACUGACUGUAUGAACGUUCUGAGAAACGUCUUCUCAAAGAAAGCUAAGGAGAUAGCAACCGACGAAGGCCUGAUGAGCUCAUCAGUGUUGUCUUGGGGUUUACUUUUAACAGUCGCUUCAAACGCUGCACAGAACGAAGCAAUAGAAGAGAAUCUAGAAAAGCUGUACCGCCUUCUGGAAAACGGUAAGCUCGGCCUGAGACUAGCCACAGGAGAGGUGAUAGCCUUAAUCUAUGAACUAGGGCGUGAGCUAGACGAGACGUUUGACAUGUAUGUUGAUGGUUUGUAUGACCUGUUAAAAGAGCUGGCAACUGAUAGCAGUAAGUACAAGGCCAAGAGAGAAAAGAGACAGCAAAGGUCGACUUUUCGCGAUGUCUUGAAGACAGUGGAGUCCGGGAUGGCUCCUGCUGAAAAAGUUAAGUUUGGCAUUGAGAAAAUAGAACUGAGCAGCUGGACAAGAAUACGACAGUACAAUGCAUUAAAGGACUCUCUCGGACCAGGAAUUGCAACUCACUUACAGGAGAAUGUAUUACUGCGAGAAAUAUUUGGCCUUGGCGCUCCGUUGAUAAACCGAGAAGUAGUAUCUAAAGAAGAUCGCUGGGGAAAGAUGCUACAGAAUGCUGCUGCUGAAAAAGAAAGAACAAAAAACAGAAGCAAGGGAAGAGAAAACAAGAGAGCCGCUGCCGCACAUGGAUUUUAACUAGUUCUAUUUUUAAAUCCUAAUUUAUGUCUUCUAGCAUAAGAAAUAGCUUUCUAUUCGCUUAACAUUGCAUAUGCACUCCCAUACAACAUGUGACGUCACAAAAUGAUCUGUUCUGUUGUUAUUCACCUCGGCUGUAGUGAGCUUUUUAUUGGAAUGUCCUUUGCAGUUCCCAAUGUGAAUUCACAAAAUAUUUUUGCUAUGAUUAAACGAGCUCAUGGUGUGAAAAUGAAGAAGAUAUAGAGCAUUGCCUCUUUUGGUGUUUGUGUUGAGUCGGUUGAAGAUAAACAUUGAUGCAAUGAUAAUUCUCUGUUUUGUAACAUGCAACAAUCCAAUUACAAGGUUUGAUUUUAGUAGAGGCAAAGUUGUUUGCGAUACAUUUACUCUUAGGAAGGUAUAGACAGAGGUGGUGUCAGAAUCUGAAAUACUCUUUACACUGGUACGGGUCCAAACGGAUAAUUUUCCGUUUAUACAAUACCUGCGGGAUCCGUUUCUAUUAUGGAUCUUCUAUUUGCACGAGUUUUUGAUCCUUCUGAUGUACCCAUUUGGAUCCGUUCCAGUUGAGGUAGCGUCAGUGUAGACGGCUGGUACAAAUCCAUGCGGGUACGGGUCCAAUCAGGGUUUCGCGGUUGGUUUCAGUGUUUUUUACGCUUCGUUAUCAACGCAAAAAUCAAAUAUCGUUUAAGAUGUUGUAAACAGAAAAUGUUACUCUUACAAAUUAUAAAAAAGGUUUUUUAUGACAAUAAUAAAUAUUGUCUAUGAAUAAUAUAUCAAAUUAAUUUCAUAAUAUUGAAACAACGACCCUUCAGACGAGGAAUAGAUGCAGCAAACCCCUUCCCCAUCAGUGUUAUAGUGUAAACUCCAACAACAAUCAGUAAGGAUUUAAUAUGGAUCUCUAGCUUUUCGGAUCUGUACCAGUGUAAACAGGCUCUCAGAUAUCCUUCUUUGAUGCUGCAAUCUGGAUAUUUAUGCCAAAUCCACACCGAGACAAAACCCAUUUAUAAUUUUAUAGUUUUGAUAUAGGUUUGCUUAGAUUUGCUGUCAAUGCUUAUGUACAUAAAGUGCGAAUACCCGGUAGCACAUAUAGUACUAAAUUAUUUCAGAACAAGGAAUUACUUAUCAGAGAUUUCUCUUUGCCCA